GAGGGUUAACCCCCACCCCCAGCUGCAGCCAGCGCCGGGGCCCCGGACGCUUGGGUUCUUCCUCGCACCUCUUCCUCGGACACCUGGGUUCUCUGCCUGGAUCCUCGAUCUGCAGCCUCUACUAUAGCUCCCCGGUGCCCUCCACUCCCUGCCCGGAACCCGCCUCCUCCCCCCGCCAUAGUCCGGCGGUGCCCCUCACCCACGACCCACAUCCCUUCCAUCACCACCACCAAUCUCGGGCGCCUGGGUUCCUACCUCCCGGCCUGGACCUGCCCCCCGUCCCGCAGAGCGGGGGUUUUGGGGGUGGGAGGAUAGAUCCGUAAACCCCUCCCCAGGGACCUCUCCCCCACCGAACCCGGAGACUGCAGAGUGAGGCACCGGCUCUGUCCCGGCGUCAUGGAUUUGGGGGCGUCGUGACCCCGGCAUGGAGGUCAAAGGGCAACUCAUCACCUCUGCAGAGCCUCCAGGGCGAGACCCUGGCACCCGGCUGCGGGAGCUGUUGGAGCGGCAGCGCGGCCUGGAGGAGACGCUGGCCCUGCGGGUGCGGGAACUGCGACGCCUCUGCUGGCUGGAGGCUGAGCUGACAGGGCAUUUGCCCCCUGAGUACCCCUUGGAACCAGGUGAGAGGCCCCAGCCUGUGCGGAGGAGGGUGAUCCCCAACCCCUGGGGCCCCCAAACUGAGGCUGGGCAGCGGGCACUUGGGCGACAGGUGCAGCUGCAGCGACAAGUGCUGGAGGCAGCGCGGCGCCUGGUGCUGGCCCCUGGACUUUCAGUGGAGCAGCGGUGUCGGCGGCAGCGGGUCCAGGCUGAGGCUGCCCAGCGCCUGCGGCAGCUUGAAGCACAGCUUGGGGCCUAUGAUGAGGCCUUUUACCCCAACAGCAGCCCCCUGGUAGAACUGGUCAAUCAGGAGAACGGCACUCCCCCUGGGAUCCCUGCCGACCCAUCGCCCCCCCGCAGCCGUGACCACCUCCGUGCCACUUCCAACAGCCCUGACCGAUGCCCAGUGGCUUGGAGGGGGCUGGGCCCUGACCCCCUAGGCACCCGCCGCAACUCCCUUGCCAGUCCUCCAAGCCCAACUCGGCCCCUCCCCCGCAGUGCAUCCAGCUUCGAGGGCCGCAGUGUCCCAGCCACCCCCAUCCUGAGCCGUGGCAGCUACAACCACAACCAGCACCUCAGGCCUGACCCUCCCCGGCUCUGGCAGGGCCCCGUAGACUCCCCCACCCCUGGUGCACGGCGCAGCAACAGCUCAGAGGCCUUGAUCGAGCGGGGCGGAGGGUUGGGGGACCCUUCGCCCCCUGCCCAGCGCCCCCCCCCUUAUGCCCACCUCCUGCUGGACUAUUACCUGGAGCGCCAAGGUCGGGGGGGAGGUGGCAGCAGUGGCAGCCCUCCACACCAGACCCGCCGGGCCGGGAGAGCCAAGUCAUGUGGUCCUCCUCAAAGCCAUCCACCUUGGGGGGGAGGCCCUCCAGCCCCUCCCCGGGGUGGCCAGAAAGCUCUGGCCUUGGAGGGCCUACGGGAGUGGUACCUGCGUCAUGCGGGGCCACCCCUGCCCCCCAACAGGAGGGGGGGACCUCCCACUCCCCGCUGGCCGGACCCCUCCCUGCUGCCCCAUUCGCUGAGCUACGCUGGGCCACCACCACAGGGCAGACCCUUCGCUGACUUCCUCUGCCCUGACAGCCCCCCUGGCCCAACGCCCCCCCGAGACCCAGAUACACAACCCCCUGGGACACUGGUGUGACCUCCCUUGCAAUGAGGAAGGCAGACUGCUGGCUGUGGGGGCAUUGAACAACUACAGGCUGAACGCCUUCAACUCCCUAAAAUUAUUGGGGACCCCUAUAACUCCCCAAUACCAGGGGGCUAAAACUUGAGGGACCCCACCAAUCUGGUGCAUCACAGACCUAAAUCUGGGGACUCCCACAGCCAACAAAUAGUUUUAGGGAUCCCCAAAAUCUGUGGAGCUCCCCAACCCCCCAAAAUUCAAGGGACCUCCACAAUAUGGGGAAUAAACCAAAUCUGAGUCCAGCCCCCCAAAAGCUGAGAAGCCCCCCCCAAUAUGUGGGAAUCCUCCAGCCCCUCAAAACACUGGGGACAUCCCAAAAGUCAGGAGAACCCCUGACAAUCUAGAGAUGCCUCUAGCCCCCUCAGAACUGGAAAGCCCCAGAAUCCAGGUCCUCCAUAAUCUGAGGACACCCCAUAUCUGUGUGGUUCCCCUAAAAAGCUGUGAAUCCCCCCAAAUCUUGGAGAUCUCCCCACACAUUGGGCCCUAAGCCCCAAAUCUGGGGGACAACUCAACCCAAGAGUCUGGGGAUACCCCCCAACCUCACAAAUCUCAGGGGACCCCCUAAGAAACAUGGGAUAUCCCCCCCCCAACCUGGGAAGCUCCCCCAGCCUCUCUAAAAUAACUGGGAACUGCCCAAGUCCCCAACAUCUCUGGAGAAUACCCAAAAUCUGGGCCUUCCUCAAAACUCAGGGGACACCUUGCUAUAACUUGGAGGAACUACGCCCCAAUGUGAGGAGCCACCCCUGCUGUACUUGCAUAUCCCCAAUGACCCCUGGGAAAAAAACCUCUGGGGGACCUCUCCACCCUGCUAAAAACACCUCAGGAGAGCCCCAUAAUUUUAGAGGACAGGGUGGCUAUACUCCCAAAUCGGGAGUAUAGCCCCCAACUGCUAUAUCUGGGGACCCCCCCCAACUCUGGGGGGGGGAUUUUCAAAACUUGGGGGGUCCCUAGGUAUAGCUGGAGCCCUCCAGGCCCACCAAAUCUCAGGGGAGCUCCACAGAAUCUGGACAACCCCAAUACUCUGGGGGCAUCCCGUAAAACUCGUGAUCCCCUAAAAAUGUUGGGCUCCAACCCCUCCAGAAACUUCUCCAUCUGCCCCAUACUGCCCAGAUUCAGGUGAAAUCCCCUUGACCCUACCCCACCCCCAUUCCUGGCUGGUGGGGCUGGUAAUUGGGGGGAGGGGGGGGUGUCCCCCAGGAGCCCAGCAGACUCUUGCUGUCUCUCUGUCCUCUGGCUGCACUUUUCCCACAUGGGGUGGCUGGUAAGAGGGCAGGGGAAUAUUUGUGGGGGGGCAAGAAGAGGGGACAACUUAAAGGCCCCCCCCCCGAAACUUAAAUCUGGGUGUGCUGUGUACAGACAAGGCUUUGUAAGAAAUACACGGGUGACACCAAC